AUGAUUCUGCGUAGGAAUAACAUCGUUGGUUCCGCUAAAUUGCUGAAAGCGUUUGACGUGAAUUUUGUAUUUGAUCGCGAUUUCCCUCAACUGAAGUUCCGUCUUGAAAAACUAGAUGAGCUGUGGGAGAAAUUCAAUGAGGUUCAGGCGGAAAUUGAAUUAGACGAGGACUUAACCGACGAUUUAGCUGAAAUUCGAGCUUCGUUCGAGACUGAAUACUUCGAACUGAAAGGGUCUUUGGCGAGAAAACUCGAAAUUGUUACCGAGCGCACUGACCGACCUCCCACUUCGCCUGGUGUUCCACCUGCAUACGCUUCCUCUGUUCGUCUCCCUGAACUGAAAAUUCCUGAGUUCAGUGGAAACUUUGAUGAUUGGAUGAAUUUCCACGACCUUUUUACUACUCUCGUCCACACAAAUUCCCAUCUUUCAUCGGUACAGAAAUUUCAGUACCUGAAAGCUGUGCUGAAAGGAGAAGCUUUACGUCUCAUUCAAUCGCUUACUGUUUCAUCCACUAACUACACAAUCGCAUGGGAUCUGUUGAGAAAGAGAUUUGACAACAAGAAUCUGCUGAUCAAGCAACAUUUUUCGGCACUGUUAUCUACUUCCUCAGUACGUAAAGAAUCGUCAGUUGCUCUAUCCAACUUAGCUGACGAGUUCGAAAAGCACAUCAAUGUGCUCAACAAAUUGGAAGAUUCCAACAAUCAUUGGAAUUCGUUCCUUGUAGAGCUGCUAAGCAGUAAGCUCGACCCGACAACGCAGAAGGAAUGGGAACAACAGCUCGAUGAAACUGAACGACCAACGUAUCAAACAUUAGUUGAGUUUGUCCAGAAACGCGCACGAAUUCUACAAUCACUAACGCUCUCCCAGAUUUCGAACCAAGUGAACAAAUCCGAACCAAAGCACGAGUUAAAACCUGUCAGAAGUAAAACCUCCUCGUAUCACACUACAAAUAGUUUCCCGAAGUGUAUCAUGUGCAAGAAUUCACACAUAUUAUCCCAAUGUGACGAUUUUAAGAAACUUUCGCCACAACAACGUUUCGAUGUGGCCAAGCGCCACGGCCUCUGCUUAAAUUGUUUGAAGGCGUCACAUUUGAUGAAAAAUUGUUCAGCUGGUUCGUGUCGAACAUGCAGCAGACGACAUCACACACUGUUGCAUCUGAAUUCACAGUCUUCGGAUGCUGUCGCUCAAUCUGAAUCUGUGGCAGCACAGGUCGGCCAAUAUUCACAACUCUCACAAUCGGCCACGGUUGUCGAAGCGCCACCGUCGGCUACGUGCAUUGCCGAUCAAUGUCACGUGGUCCCUCGGGUUACGGGACUAGCCCCGUCGCCGUCGGAUGGGCUUGUUAAUCGCUCUUUUUCGUACGUACCUUCGUCGGGUACGCAGUCUACACCGUCAUGCUCAGCCCGCUCUUCCUCGCAAGUGACUAAUUGCCAAUCCGUCACUCCAAACCAAUCGUUCGUUUCGAAAGGCAGCACAUCUGCUGUCUUUAUGCUCACAGCGUAUAUCAAAGUUAGACACGCUGAUGGCACUUAUCUCUUCGCCAGAGCACUGUUGGACUGCGCAUCCGAAGCCAAUUUCGUUACCGAAGAACUAGCCCAAAAGCUUUGCUCAAAGCGCAAGCUCGCAGACAUAGAUGUUUACGGCAUCAGUCAAUCGGUCAAGAAAGUGAAACACCAAACAACUAUUACAGUUGCCUCUCGCUUUGGAUCAUACAAUACUAGUAUAGACUGUCUGAUACUACCUACGUUAACUCGGAUUUUACCUACUGCCAAUGUAGAUAUAUCGAAAUGGGUUAUUCCUCGCCACCUCCCUCUCGCAGACCCUAAAUUUAAUAUCGCUCACGAUGUAGACAUAAUCAUCGGUAUAAGGAAUUUCUUCACGAUCUUAGAAAAUGAGCAGAUCACACUGGGCGAUAGCAUGCCGGUGUUGCGCAAAACGGUGUUCGGAUAUGUUGUCGCAGGAGAAGCAUCGGUUCACCAUAGUCCUGUGGUAGUUUGCAACGCAUCAACUGUUGAAAACUUGACGUCAGCAGUUCAUAAAUUCUGGCAGGUGGAGAGUUUUGAGAAGGGAAAGGCAUUCUCCCUCGAGGCAUUGCGAGGCAGCAUUGCGAGGAAGCAUUUUUGA